AGAUAAGAACACGCCAGUAAUCACACUCCCUUCCUCCCAUGGAACAAUCGGACAGACCCAAAAAUUACAUCACUCGAACUCCAUCUCUCCAUCGUAAUCAUCUCUAAUUCAUAAAGACUCAAAUUCUUGCUUCUCCCAAAUGGGAUUUUCUUCUAUCACAAGCGGGUGCGGUUGUUGCAGCCUUGGAUGGAAAUCAUCCAGUUUUCUUGUACCAUUAAGGUCUAAUUCGAGCACCCCAAAUGGAGUUCUGGUGUCGCCCACCAACAGGUUUAAUCGGUUGAGGGUGAUUCGUCCCUAUGCCUCUGCUUCUUCUGAGCCACUUUUGGUCAAGGCGGCAAGAGGACUUCCGGUGAGCCGACCACCAGCAUGGAUGAUGCGUCAGGCGGGAAGGUACAUGGCGGUGUACCGGAAACUGGCGGAGAAACACCCGUCUUUUAGAGAGAGAUCGGAAACAACCGAUCUCAUUGUGGAAAUUUCAUUGCAACCAUGGGAAGCUUUUCAUCCAGACGGAGUCAUUAUUUUCUCGGACAUUCUUACCCCUCUACCCGCAUUUGGUGUUCCUUUUGACAUAGAAGACGUGAGGGGACCCGUUAUUCAAACCCCAAUUCGUUCUGAAGAAGGGUUAAAAGCGUUACAUCCCAUAAAUUUGGAUAAAGUAAGCUUUGUUGGCGAAUCCCUCAAGAUUUUGAAGCAAGAGGUUGGCGGGAAAGCGGCAGUCUUGGGAUUUGUAGGUGCACCUUGGACAAUUGCAACAUAUAUUGUAGAAGGCGGCACUACGCGUACAUACACAAAUAUAAAAAGCAUGUGUCACACGGCCCCACACAUUUUACGCGCUCUUCUCUCUCAUUUGACCGAAGCAAUAGCCGAAUACGUUGUUUACCAAGUCAAAGCAGGUGCUGACUGUGUACAAAUAUUCGAUUCUUGGGGUGGACAACUUCCUCCAAACAUGUGGGAGCUUUGGUCAAAGCCAUACAUCAAUGAGAUUGUAGGUAUUGUAAAGAAAAGGUGCCCGGAAAUACCAUUGGUGCUUUACAUCAAUGGAAAUGGUGGAUUGCUUGAAAAGAUGAAAGGGACAGGUGUCGAUGUGAUUGGAUUGGAUUGGACAGUUGAUAUGGCGGAUGGAAGGCGGAGAUUGGGUGAUGAUAUUAGUAUACAAGGAAAUGUUGAUCCUGCUUAUUUGUUUUCGCCUCUUUCCGCUUUGACUGAUGAAAUUCAUAGGGUUGUGAAGUGUGCUGGGCAAAAGGGUCACAUUCUGAACCUGGGCCAUGGUGUUCUUGUUGGGACUCCUGAGGAGGCGGUUGCUCGGUUUUUUGAUGUUGCAAGAAGUUUUAACUUCGAAUCGGUUGAGGAAAAAACAAAAGUUGUAGUUUGAGGGAAAAUCUUUAAUUUAUUUAUUUUGGUUAAAUUGUCAUUUGAGCUGCAUAUGAUGAUUUUCGCUGUGUAAUUUUUUGUCGAGGAACAGAAUUGCUUUGUAGUCUUUAUUUAAUAAUUUGAUCGUGUUAAACAUA